AUGAAGUCAUUCCCUGACAAAGAAGAGCUACAACAUGACGCCUGCUUGUCUCUCCUGAAGAUGGCAUCAGCGUCUGAGUCCAACUGUGUGCACAUCCUGCAGCAUGACGGGAUCUCGGCCAUCAGCGCCGCGAUGAGACACCACAGCGAGAACGCCGAGAUCGUUAAAGUGUUGUUCAGAACUGUGGCUUUCAUCUCCACGGCAGUGGAUCUGGCUUCUCAGCUGGUAUCUGGAGGCAUGCACUCUGACAUCCUCAGUGCCAUGUCGCGGCAUGCCUCCAACAUCGAGAUCGUUCGCGAGGGCUGCUUUAUCAUUGGCAAUCUCCUAGUCACAGUGGAAGCAGUUCACCAAGUAAUGCUGGUGGGCGGUGUUCACACAAUUAUCAGCAUGGUGGAAAUGUUCCCGGACGAUGAGAAAAUUCUAGAAAAUGCCUGCCGGACCAUAGGAAGUUUUGCUAUCUACGAUGAGACGUGCCAGGACAUCGCUUCCGCUGGAGCCACCAGUGCCGUUCUGGCAGCCAUGCAGUCUCCCAACUCCAACGUCACCGUGGCUGAGUGUGGCUGCUGGGCCCUGGCCAGCCUCACUGCUACAGACGCUACCUGUGAGGAGAUUGUCAGACUAGAAUGCAUCCGAGUAAUCCUGGAUGCCAUCCAAGAAUACCCAAAAGUAGAGAAUCUCCAGGAGUAUGGCUGCCGAGUCCUUUACAACAUGAGUUCCUGUGAAAGUACUGUCGAGUUUGUGAGUUCCCAGCCGGUGGUCAGCUUGUUACAGAAGGCCCUAGUGAACUUUCCAGACAGUGUUGAAUUACUGGAGAUUGUCCUCAUUACCAUCAGCCAGGUCAUGUUGGGUGAAGACAUGUACCGAAAUCUGGCAGAGUCCAAGUGUAUACAGGAGAUCAUCAAAGCCAUGAUGAACCUCCCAGAGAAUCAGCUCAUCCAGGAGCAUGGCUGUAAGAUCAUUGGAAAUAUGGCUGUUCACGAUGACUUAAGAAAAUUAGUAGAAGGUGCGGGUGCCUCCAAAGCAGUGAUAUCAGCCAUGUUAACCCUGGACUCCAUCGCGGACAUCCAGGAGGUUGGCUGCCUGGCCUUGAUGAAUCUGACAGCAGAUAGUAAAGAUAACAAAGUAAGGAUAAAAAACGCAGGGGCUGUUCCUUCAUUGCUGAACACAUUACGGGAGUUUAUCAAAGAUACCAACAUCGUUCUAUGUGCGCUGAAGGCACUAGGAAACCUAGUCAGUUUAGAGGAGGUCUGCCAUCUGUUACUAGAUGAGCAUGGCCUGGAGACAAUUGUAUCACUAGUCAGUAUCCAUGGCAACCAGCCAGACAUUCUUGUCUUCAUUGCCAUGGUUUUAUGUGGGGUAACUGAGUUGCCAGAUCUGAAAGAGGAGGAGGCAGCACUGAUAGAUCAAACGUUAACGGGAAUUUCCACAUCCAUACAAAAUAACCCUGAUGUCUGCUUAUACGUUUGUCAAGCCAUAGAGAAUCUAGUUAAAACAGAUGUAGGCCGAAUAACUUUCAUGAAAGAGAACAGAAUGGGGGUAAUACUGUCAGCCAUGAAUACAUACACAGACAACGCUAACAUCCACCGAUGUUGCUGUAAAGUAAUCGCAGUUGUGACCCUUUAUGUUGACACAAAGAAACGUUUGAUAACAGAGACAACUCUGAAAAGUGUGCUGAAAUCAAUGGAGUUGUUCCCCAUGGAUGUUGAGCUUCAAAUUAUUGGUUGUGGCACCAUCUCUUGCAUGGUGGAAAAAAUUGCACAGAACAUAAUGAUGAUGAUAACAUGGAAUCCAGGUCAAGGAAGCUUGCAUUGCCUCAAUGGGAAUUUAAUUAAAUGA